AAGAGGAUCUGAUGAGAAUACUGUACAGCGAAUGAGGAUUCUUCCGGAGAGGAACGGAGCGGCGCUUGUAUGUGUUUUUCUUCAAUGACAGGAGUAAUCCGGCUGAGUUUGAGGGUCUGAAGGCAGGAGACACGUGCUGGAGGAGUUUCUCGGCGUACGUCGGCAUCUAGCAUUUUUACGGACCAUGGGGUUGGCGGUGCGCAAAAACCGGCUCCUUUUGCACCAGCAGAACUGCUGUAGUGGCAGGGCUCAUGACGUUUCUCUGUGGAUAUGGAUUUUUUGUUGGUGCGUGACGCUCAUCAGGGGACAAAGCUACAACCCCACCGUGAACACGCAGUAUGGGAAAUUACGGGGCGCGCGGGUCCCGCUGCCCAGCGAGAUCCUGGGACCGGUGGACCAGUACCUGGGCGUGCCGUAUGCCGCCCCGCCGAUGGGGGAGAAACGCUUCCUUCCCCCUGAGCCGCCCCUGUCUUGGUCGGGGAUCAAGAACGCCACUCAUUUCGCACCGGUGUGCCCGCAAAACAUUCACAACGCCGUUCCGGAGAUCAUGAUGCCAAUCUGGUUCACCUUUAACUUGGAUAUAGUUGCCACUUACAUACAAGAUCAAAACGAGGAUUGUUUGUAUCUAAACAUCUAUGUUCCAACGGAGGAUGUCAAAAGAAUAUCCAAGGAAUGUGCCAGAAAACCCAACAAGAAAAUAUGUAGAAAAGGAGGAAACCAUUCCAAAAAACAGGGCGAGGAUUUAUCAGAUAACGACGGUGAUGAAGAUGAAGACAUACGAGACACUGGAGCCAAGCCUGUGAUGGUGUACAUCCAUGGAGGAUCGUACAUGGAGGGCACCGGAAACAUGAUUGACGCAAGCGUGCUGGCCAGUUACGGGAACGUCAUCGUUAUCACGCUCAACUUUCGAGUCGGCGUCCUAGGGUUCCUCAGCACAGGAGACCAGGCUGCUAAAGGGAAUUAUGGCCUUUUGGAUCAGAUCCAGGCUCUGCGCUGGAUAAGCGAGAACAUUGGCUAUUUCGGCGGUGAUUCCAACCGCAUCACUGUUUUUGGAUCAGGAAUCGGUGCCUCUUGUGUGAGCCUUCUGACCCUGUCCCACCAUUCUGAAG